AUGAAUGGGGACACACCUUCAGGUCGGGGACCAGUCUCAUCGACUCGGUCCCCGUCCACUCGCACCAACAAUAAGGACAAGAAACGCAUCCACUGGGCACCACUAAACAUCGGCAUCGAACGCCGCCUCCAAACCCUGAUCGUGCUCUGCCACACCCUCACAAUCGUCCUCUUCCUCUGCAGCUUCUUCUUCACCUGCGCAAUCCCCCUAUUCUGGCCCCUACUCCUCCCAUACUUGGUCUACAUCACCCUAUUCUCAACAGCCCCAACAUCAGGCGAACUAAAAGGCCGAAGCAAUAUCCUCCGUUCCCUGCCAAUCUGGUCAAUCUACGCCUCAUACUUCCCCGCAACCCUGCACCGCGAAGAAGCCCUCCCCCCAACAAAAAAAUACAUCUUCGGCUACCACCCGCACGGCAUAAUAUCCCACGGCGCAUUCGCAGCCUUCGGCACCGAAGCCCUCGGCUUCAAAAAGCUCUUCCCAGGAAUAACCAACACGCUCCUAACCCUCGAUUCCAACUUCCGCAUCCCAUUCUACCGCGACUACGCCCUAGCAAUGGGCCUAGCCAGCGUAUCCCGCCAAUCCUGCGAAAACAUCCUCUCAAAAGGCGGGCCCAACAACGCCGGCAUGGGCCGCGCCAUAACAAUCGUAAUCGGCGGCGCACGCGAAUCUCUAAACGCCCAACCGCACUCAUUAAAACUCGUCCUCAAGCGGCGCAAGGGAUUCGUCAAGUUGGCCAUUCGCACAGGCGCGGAUCUCGUGCCUGUCCUCGCUUUCGGCGAAAAUGACCUCUAUCAGCAGGUUGAUUCGGAUCAGCAUCCUGUUAUUCACAAGGUGCAGAUGCUGGUUAAGUCUACGAUGGGAUUUACGAUUCCGCUGUUCCAUGCGCGGGGCGUGUUCAAUUAUGAUGUGGGGCUUAUGCCUUAUCGGCGGCCUUUGAAUAUUGUUGUUGGUCGGCCGAUUCCUGUUAUGCAGCAGGCUGAUCGGGAUUUGAUUGAUGAUAAGUAUAUUGAUCUCUUGCAUGCGAGGUAUGUGGAGGAGUUAAGGCGGCUGUGGGAUACGUGGAAGGAUGUUUAUGCUAAGGAUCGGAAGGGGGAGCUGGAGAUUAUUUCGUGA